AUGGGACUCGCAAGGCUGCAAUACGUGCUGGUAGCAGCAUACACCCUCUUUAUAUCUUUAGUAGCCAGCAGUCCUAUUAACCAGCAGGACAAGCACUGGGUCGCAACAUGGACAGCAACAACACAGGAAGUCGAGGGCGGAGAGAACGUUACCUCCCAGUUCGAAAACGCGACACUGCGCCAGACGUUCCGGGUAACGAUUGGAGCUGAGCGCAUCCGGUUCCAAUUCUCGAAUCUCUUCGGCCAAACCGACUUGCCUAUCACUGCGGGCUCGGUGGCAUUGCCGGUGGAUGGCAGUGCAGGUGUCGCUGGGAUUGAUACGGCGACGAUCAAGAAACUGACGUUCGAUGGCUCUGCAUCUGUGACUAUUCCUCCAGGGGGGAUUAUAUACUCUGACCAGAUUGACCUUCACGUCUCUCCGCUAUCGAAUGUUGCCCUCACUAUCUAUACCCAGGCAGGACAGGCUGGGAAUAAGAUUACAGGCCAUCCAGGGAGCCGUACCACAUCGUGGAUGGAAGCGGGCAACAAAGUCACUGCCUCCUCGAUUACAGAGACGACUAGUGUAGAGCACUGGUACUUCGCCAGUGCGAUCGAGGCCUGGGCCCCAAAGAGUAAUUCAGGCCUCGUCAUCCUCGGUGACAGCAUCACAGACGGACGAGGGAGCGACGAUAACCAGAAUAACCGAUGGCCCGACGCCCUCGUCGAUCGGAUGUACAGCAACAACCUGACCAAUAUCGCCGUCACAAACCAAGCGGCUGGUGGCAAUGCCGUUCUUGAAGGAGGUCUCGGGCCUCCUCUGCUUGACCGGUAUCGUCGCGAUGCCCUCGGGCAGAAGGGGGUAAAGUACGUUAUGAUCUUUGAAGGGGUCAACGACAUCGGGGUGUCUGAUACAGACGACGAAACGCAAGGAGCGCUCUUCGAAAACCUAACCAGCGCAUAUGCACAGAUAGUAUCAGACAGCAAAGAGGCCGGGCUGGUUACCAUCGGGACAACCAUCACUCCGUUCGCUGGUAGUCAGUAUGGGGACCCGGCGCGUGAAAAGACCAGAGGUAGGGUUAAUGAGUGGAUUCUUACAGCUAGUGCUUUUGACUAUGUUGUUGAUUUUGCUAGUUUUAUUGGGGAUGGGGAGAGCUUGAAGCCGGAGUUUGAUGGUUCGGAUCAUUUGCAUCCUAAUGUGGCUGGUUAUAGGGAACUGGCGCGGAGGUUUGACUUGGAUAUCUUUCGGACAUAG